AGCACCCAACCAUAAAAGGUGAGACACCUUCCUGCAAUCAAUUAAAACCCUUGGUACGGUUCCACACUGGCACUGCUCCUAGGCCGACCUAGAGAGAGAGAGAGAGAAAUUUGACACUACUAUAAUACACACGGGUAGAGAGAGAGAGAGAGUUGAAGAAGCAGCAGCCACCAGCAGCAGGAGGCAAGCAUGGAGCCUCACAUGGAGAGCGCGCUGCGGCAGGGGGGCCUGUCGGAGGCGGAGCAGCGGGAGCUGGAGGGCGUGGUGCGCGCGCACCACACGUUCCCGGGGCGGGCGGCGGGGACGUGCACGUCGCUGGUGACGCAGCGCGUGGACGCGCCGCUCGCCGCCGUGUGGCCCAUCGUGCGCAGCUUCGCCAGCCCGCAGCGCUACAAGCACUUCAUCAAGUCGUGCGACCUCAAGGCCGGCGACGGCGCCACCGUCGGCAGCGUCCGCGAGGUCACCGUCGUCUCGGGCCUCCCGGCCUCCACCAGCACCGAGCGCCUCGAGAUCCUCGACGACGACCGCCACAUCCUCAGCUUCCGCGUCGUCGGCGGCGACCACCGCCUCCGCAACUACCGCUCCGUCACCUCCGUCACCGAGUUCCACCCGGGCCCCUACUGCGUCGUCGUCGAGUCCUACGUCGUCGACGUGCCCGAGGGGAACACGGAGGAGGACACGCGCAUGUUCACCGACACCGUCGUCAAGCUCAACCUCCAGAAGCUCGCCGCCAUAGCCACCUCUGCCUCGUCCUCCUCGCCGCGGCGCCCCGCCGGCAGCACCACAGAUCAUCACUGAUCCAUCAUCAUCCAUGUCGUCUUCUUCAAUCUUCAUGGUGUACCACCGCACAUGCCCGCAUGGUGAUGCUUCUUAAUUGCAUUGGUGCUCAUUUUCGGUCCACUUUUCAUUUUUUUUUUCAGCAGCAAAAAAUAGAAGAGAAGAUGUUGUCAAUUCUCUAUAAACCGUAAUCAUCAAUUGAGGACGCAUUCUUCUUCUUCUUCUUCUUCUUCUCUUCUUGUUUGCUCAUCUUAAUUGUCUACGUACUGGAUUUUGGUUAUUGCAAAUUAAAUCUGAUGAUGAGUUGGUGACAUCGAUCGAAAUGGGGAUGGGUGCAAGUUGGUGUUUUCUUUUUUUUUCUCUCUUCUUAGAUAGAUUGCUCUUUCCUAGUAAAUAUAUAUCUGCCUGCUCUAUCCUUAUCCCUGCAAUGUCAUAAUGCCGUCAGUCUCUUGGUUUUUGUCAAUCAAGGCUGGGUAGUUGGUACCCCUUCCCCCAUACUUUUAAGACAUCCAUUUCUUGUUUGGUUAUCUUGGACUCAGCAAGUUUAUUUGACGAAGAAAGAACAAACUAGUACAAGUCAUGUAUUUGGAGAUUUGCUUGGGGUUCUCGAAUAAAAAAUUUCACUUUGUUCCUGUUCAUGUGCUUCAGCUGAAGAGACUUUGCUUUUUCUCUUCCCUAGCUAGCCUCUCUCAAGUGGAUCAUGUGAUGUGUGUGGAUCGUCAAGGGGAAAUUGCUAUAGGUACAAACUGGAGGGCUUUUGGGGAGGACCCUUCACCUCCACCUGAUUGCUUUGUAAUGAGGAAGCUCUACAGGGAUCGCCACGGUUGCAGAUGGAAUGCUGGUUUCAGCACCUUCGACGUGCCUCACCGCUCUAUGGAUGAUGUUGCCAAACGUCGACCACGCCAUCCCAGGCUGCCAAACCCUGCCCACCAACACGCACACCGAUGUCAAUAGAGAUAAACGUGAUCAUUUUUUUAGAUAAGGAAAUAUAUUAAGCAUAUCUGUUCGAAAAUACAACCACACAGCACAAUGCGUCCCAAAAAAACAUGUAGAUCAUAAUGCAUGUGUGUCAUAAUGUCCUUUGUCAAGGCCACAAAACUUGGCCUAAACUCUACCAUAUGUGAAGUAUUGUUGCCCCCCUUAUAUCAAAAUAAUAUAUAUACAUCGUAUUGAAUAUU